GUCCUUGUAGCUAUGGAAACUCAUCAGCGGUAGCAUCCUCCAGUGUGUCCACCCCGUCGUCUGGACAGCUAAGCUAAAUUCGUAUGUAAAACAUCUCUUCAGAAUGGCGAUUGGGCGUCAAACGCUUUACUUGGCGCUCUUUUCAUGGAUGUGCAACAGUACAGCUUCUGCUGUAAUUCUCAAAACAGCUGAAAAAUCCGUAUGGACAAAUGAAUUUGAGUCGAUUGAGUUGAUGCUUGAUAGAGUCCAUUUCUACAAACAAUCCCAGAAUUGAAUGGAAGAAAAUUAAAAAUGGUGUACCCAGCUAUGUCUAUUUCCAAAAAUAAAAUUUCAGGUGACUUGGAGCACAGGGCUUUGCUGAGAGAGCCUGCAAACCUUCUGAUCCUGAACGCCAGCAGAUCGGACACAGCUCAGUAUCGCUGUGAGGUGGCGGCCAUCGAUGACCAGAAGCCCUUUGAUGAAAUACUAAUCAGUCUCGCUGUAAGAGUGAAGCCGGUGAUGCCCAGGUGUAGUGUGCCGGAGGCGGUUACGGUGGGUUCAAGCACUGAACUGCGCUGUAUUGAGAACGAAGGCUUUCCACAGUCACAGUAUCAGUGGUUCAAAAACAACGAAGAACUGCCAGAAGACCCCAAAACUAGCAGCAAGUUCUACAAUUCUUCAUACAUCAUGAACAUUGAGACUGGUUCGCUGAAAUUCCGGUCGGUGAAGAAAGAGGAUGCAGGUGAAUACUACUGCCAGGCCAGAAAUGAGGCAGGAUGGUCAAAAUGCAGUCCUCAGAUAAUGGAAGUGUAUGAUCUGGACAUUGUGGGAAUAUUCCUGAAGGUUUUAGGUGGAGUGGCAGCAUUUAUAUUUGUCAUUGUGGGGAUCUGUCAGAUUCAGAAAAGUGGCUACUGUUCCUGCAAAGACCACAGGGAAACCAAUUACAAAGUACCCCAACAUGAAAACAGGAUGGACUACGCCAGUCCAGAUGAGGGACAUUUCCGCCACAAGUCCUCCUUUGUCAUUUAAAAUCAAAUGGAGAAGAGCACUUAAGCUGUGUGAAGGCCUUGCGAGCUGACUUCUGAGCUGUCAAAUUGUGGAUUUUACACAGAGGUGCAACUUGAGCUUCAUGGCUUGCCAAAGUUAUUACAAAAAUUAAUACUACUGUGUUAAACAGGGAAUUUUUACUCCCCUUAUUUUGAUUUAAACAGACAGGAAUCAAACACAGGUUUACUUAAAACUCCACAGUUUAUAUAUAAAAAUGACAUUCAGUCGAACAACACUAAGAUUUAUAGCUAUUACAUGCAUCUUGUUCAGUAAAAAAUCAUUGUUUCAGCAAAUCAAAAAUGACUGAACUUAAGAAGUAACAUAAAAAUUUCUGAAGGUCAGUUGCAGUUCAAAUUGUAGCAAGGUUGAAACUGCAUCCAGGUGCUGCUGUAUUUUUGCCCAAAAGUAGUCAACACAUAAUACCAGUGCAAGAAUUGACAUGUCUUCAAGGUAAAUAUUAUAUUUCCCACUGGAAAUAUAGUGUGUGACUAUCCUGUCAGUGUAAAUGUGUACAAUGCCAUGCCAAGACUGUUUUAUCUGGGUCACUUUUGAGAAGAGGAUUUUAUGUGUUAGUGUUUCAGUAGUAGUUAUUGAGUUGAUGAACUAUUAAUUUGUAGCAUUUUAGUUUGAGAUUUAAUCAAACAUCUCCGUAAAGUCAGUAGACUUGGUUGUGCAAGAUGAUUCGUUUACUUAGUUUCAUUUUUUAAAUAUUCCUCUAGAUACAGAUUACGCACUUGUGGGUUUUUCAGAGUGCCAUUUCUGUGCUUAAGUGACCUUCAAUGCUUUAUAAUUGUUUUACACGUUUUGGACAUAUUGUCCAGGUUUUUUGACUCUGUGUUAUUGUUUUAAUCUAUUUAUAAUAUCUAGGUAUAUUGUAGUUCACUCCAGAGUAGUAGUUAGACUGUGGGCCGUGUCACAAGAAUAAAACUGAUUAUGUGGAAGCAAUCAACAUUGUCUAUCCUUUCAUAUUGUUUUUAAAACCUGUAGCUAUAUAUGUGAUUAAUUGGACCAUUAAAUUUACUUUGAUUUGCUUUUUUCCCCACUUUUUAUAAGUAACUUGACGCACUAUGACAAUAUAUAUUAGUCUUCCUCAUGGCAUGUCCCACUGUCUAAAAACAGUUUGGCAGGCUGUUUAUAGAAAAACAAAUGAAAAAGAGAAACUGGGUUCGAUCUUAAUAAAAUUGUCUAAUUUAAUGAAUAGGCGAAUCUAAUAGAUAUGCCUGAGUAAAAUUAAAGGGAUACUCCACCCCAAAAUGAACAUUUUGUCAUUAAUCACUUACCUCCAUGUCGUUCCAAACCCGUAAAAGCUCCGGUCGUCUUCGGAACACAAUUUAAGAUAUUUUGGAUGAAA